AUGCUAGCCAUUCAACCCCCCACCCCCCCUUCCAAUCCCUCGAAAACACGCAAACUAACACCCAACCUCCUCCCCUGCGCAAUAAAACACUCAGGUCCCAUCUCCAUCCACCCGCGCUACUGGGCGCCUACCACCUCUAUCACAACCUACGCCAGCGCCAACGGCGUCAACAAACCGGGGCAGAAAACAUCAACCUCCUACUUCCGCGGCCGGAAGCUACUGGGCAGCCAUGUGCCCCUCCCGUCCGGGUAUCAUGGGCUCGUGCUCAGCAAAACCGAACGUGUGUUGCCAGUCUCUCUAGCGAACGACGCACGCGCUGGUGCCGUAGGCCAUGCUGAACUCAGUAUCGUGGAGAAGCUGAGGCGGAUGGAAGGCGAGAUACCGCCCACGUCAGCCGACGACGAAGACGAUGACGAUAAGGGUGGAUUAGACGAGCCGCUGGAGGUCAAAAUCCUGGAGGAGCAGGCACGGUUUGAGGAGGUGGUGGUCUGGGGACACGAGACGCCGGUCGGGGAGGAGGAUGAGUUUGUGCGGGGGUUGGGGGAAUGGCUUGGGUUUGCUGGGGCGAUACACGCAUACGAUGACGAGCCAAAGCAAGGCAAGGCAGCGACUUGA